GCACUGACUGACACGACGGCGCGCGUGUGAACAGCUUGAAUGUCCGCCUGCCCGCGACGGGCUGCACGCCGCGCAGCCCGCCAGGCAGCCCGCCGGGUUGCGCGGCGCGCGUGUGAACGUAGCAUAAGAUUGGCCGAUUGCGAUAAAAACCAUAGAAAGAAGAAUAAUAACCAUAACCUCAAAGUCGAAGUUUUAGUUCAAAUGUCAUUUAGUUGUUCAAAUGUCAUUGUCAUUUACUUUGUUUGGAUUACACACAUCAUGCCGAAAAUCCCGAAUCUCCGUGCAUUUGGUAAACAUUGUCACAAUUGUGGAAAGUGGAUGGAGCGAAGGGCUCUUCGUAAAGAUGGUGUGUAGUAUUUUAGUAGUGACAUGCAAUUUUUGUAAUGGCAAAAUAUUUGCAAGAGAUGGCAAACAAAAGCAAAUGUGCAGUCGAUGUGUGGAAUGCGACAACAUUAUACUCGAUAAUUUCAAUUAUUGCGAGUGCUGUGGCUGUAAAAUGAAAAAUAAUACUUAUUACCAGAUAGAGAUGUCGAUAACGAAGAGUUGAAUGUUAGAACUUAUGAAAAUAUUAUUUACAACUCAUUUCGAGAAGCUGCUCAAGCUCCUUUUUGACGAUCAAGAAUGGGAAAGAUGUUUGAAUGAAGCAAUUGAUUUUAAACUUCCUCGGCAAUUAUUUCGAGUUCGAAGAUUCGAUGAUGUAAAAAUUCAAAUUAUCAAUACCACUGAACAAGGCUUGAAAGGUGAUAAAUAUUUAUCGAAAAAUGUUAUAUAUAGAGAAAUUUUGUGAUAAUCAACCUCUGAUGUAUAAUAGAGAAUAUUUUUUUAUAAGUACCUUUGCCAAAUUCUCGGAUAAGUACUCAUUGUAAAAUUACAAUUUACAUACUUCCUAAUAUUAUUCUUGAUUUAGCCAAUUUGGAUAAAGAACCACAAUUUCAUAUUUUAUUUUUAAAAUUAGUAAGUACUUAUCUACCUGUCAAAGUAAAGAAAAAGACUGAGUGCUUAAAACAAAGAGGUUUACACAGAGUAAACUUUAAAAAUUAUAUGUUUUGUUAAUUUGUGUUAGUUUAUUUUGAAUGUUAAUUUGAAAUAAAAAUAAUUUGUGUAAAAA